AUGCUGCCCAGGACAGCACGUUUGACAGUGCUCAAGGCCAUUUGCAGACCACACCCUCGUUCCCAUGCGAGGUCUUUUGCAUCCUCGAGGCCUUGUGCGGACCGUGCGGUGAUCUAUUCCGAGAACGGCGACCCCAGUAAAGUCUUGAGCGUCCUUACGUUCCCUGACUUGCCUCCUCCUGGAUCAGACUCCGUGACCAUCAAGUUUCUGCUUUCACCAAUUAACCCUGCGGACAUCAAUGUGAUAGAGGGCGUUUACCCCUCAAAGCCGAUUAAAACUGGGGCUUUAGCCUCGUCAGGCAAAGGCAGCGAGGAAGAGCCUGUCUUCGUCGGUGGUAACGAGGGGCUCGCUCAAGUCACCGCUGUGGGCAGUUCUGUGAGCUCGCCGAAAAUAAACGACUGGGUUGUCGUGACGAAGCAACAACAUGGGACGUGGUCUACACGUAAAAACGUAGCUGUGACGGAUGUUGCUCUCGUCCCAGAUGCCCAUAAGCUUGAUGAAGCCCAGGCUGCUACCAUAACCGCAAGUGUUAACCCUCCAACGGCAUAUAAUAUGCUGAACGACUUUGUUCGCCUUGAAAAAGGGGACUGGGUGGUACAGAAUGGGGCAAAUAGUGCUGUUGGGCAAGCUGUCAUUCAAAUUGCGGCCGCUCGGGGACUCAAGACUAUCAAUCUUAUCCGCAACAGGGAGAAUGUUGAACUGCUGAAAUUUCAACUAGGACAGCUUGGCGCGACUCAUGUCUUGACCUAUGACGAUCUGUCGGACAAGUCCACCCGAGGAAAAAUUAAAGAAUGGACCGGGGGAAAGGAUAUUACUUUAGGAUUGAAUUGCGUUGGCGGCAAGGAGACGACACUGAUGUCGCGGCUUUUGGGUCAGGAUGCGCACCUCGUUUCGUACGGUGCGAUGUCAAAGCAGCCGCUUUCUCUGCCAACCUCACUGUUCAUAUUUAAAAAUUUGACUUGUCACGGCUUUUGGCAAAGUCGAUGGUACAAGGACAAAACAUCCCAAGAACGGGAUAAGUUGAUGCGAACACUUGUGAACAUGUUGGCGGAUGGACAGGUACGUUGUUGCUCAGGAUGA